AUGUUUGAGAAUCCUUUGAUCAAUGUAUAUGAGUCUAGCAAACAUAAUAAAAAAAGAAAACUUGAAAUUCUUUUAAAAGAAUACGUUGAAAAGUUGAAGAAACAGUCAAGCUCAGACAUAAAAUUGCCUGAGUUUAGCCAAAACACGUCUGAUGAAAGGGAAUUGAAAAAAAGGAAAAAAAGCCUAAGGAAAGCGAGCAGAAAAGCAUCCAAAAGGCUCCAAGAAACGUUUGAAGAAUGGAAUAUUAAUCCAGUAACGAAAAGUUUAAGCCAUACAGAUAAUGAGAAAUGGAAAAACAGUUCACGAAUAAAAAAGAGCAAAAAGAGUGAUAGUGCUCUAGGAGAAGAAGUGUUGAUCAGAAAACGAAAACUCAGUGAUGUUUUCGAAGGCAAUGAGGAGUUAGCAUGGAUGGAGGAAGGUGCAGAUAAAGAUGAAGAUGAAGAUGAAGAACAAAAUGAGGAUGAGGAACAUGAAUUAAAUCAUGAGCCAGUAGAAAUUUCAACUAUCAAUCAAAACUCCUGGGUUUAUACCAAUUUUCUUAUUAGGACUAAAGGAUAUGAAGUGCUACCUUAUUUGAACCCAAUUUUCACUCAAUUGGAUAACAACAAUAACUAUAAUGAUGGCAGUUGCAGAAAUAAUUACGAGGGUUCUAAGAUUGAUAAUAAUGGUGUUUCGAAUGAGAUCAAUGACCAGAAUUUUAAUUCGAAUUUUAAUUUCUCAAAGAAACAUAUAAACUUGUUGAUAAAUUUAUUGUAUAUUAAUAUUUUUAAGAAGAAUUGGAAAAUUGCGUACAAAGUAUUUUCUAUUAUAAUCCGGUUGAAUUUAUCUAGGGUUAUUUUAGACAUUGAUAAUAGUAAAGGUGGGAAAAGUAGCAAAUCUAAGAACAAAGAAAAAAUUGAUUUACGAACGUUGUGGCCUUUAGGAAUUGAAUUAUUAAAUGGGCUAAAAGAGGAGGCAAUUCAAAAACAAAUCUCUAAAUUGGAAAUUGAUGAUGUGAAUUUAGAGCAAAGUAAAACCGAGAUUAAUAAGAUUAAUUCGAAUUUUAUAAAUGAGUUUAAACUACAGUAUUAUAAUAAUAACGAGAUUCUGAAUGAAGCGUUGGAAGAUAUGAUUCAAAUAAAUAAUGAUAAUAAAAUAUAUAAAAACGAAAGAUAUUUAGAAUGGUUGUCAAACUUUUAUGGGGUGAAUGCUUCGAUCAAUUAUUUCAAUUCAGAGAGAAAAUUUAGAUUUUCGCCAUUAUGGAGAGUUGGUAGUCGAGUGUAUUCACCAUUAUAUACGUUGUCGUAUAUUUGGACGUUGAUUUUGAAUAUUAAUAAUCUUAAUUUGAAUAAUUUUGAUAUAAUUCCGGCAAUAUCCAACAAGCCAUUGUUAAUUCGAAAAGAAAUGAGAUUGAAUGAAAAUAUAAUUUCCAAUUCAAAUAGAAAAAUUAAAAUAAUUAAGGAUAAACUAUCUGAAUUAUUGUUGCAGCCACCUUUUAAUGAAGAUUUAAAUUUCAUGUAUUUAAAAUUUGUUAUAAAUUUGAUUGAAAUAAAUUUAUUAAUUUAUGAAUUAAUUAAUAAUGAAUUGGAUAAGAAAAUUAAAAAAAUCAAAAUUGAUAAAAAGUAUGUUGAAGAAUUAGAUAGUUAUCGAGACAUUUUAAAAUUAAUUGAGAAUAAUAAUAAAUAUUUGGAUGAUUGUAUUGAAAAGGGGUUGAUUAUUGAUAAGAGGAUUGUUACAAAAGAAGUUAGAUAUUUAUUAACUAAGAUUGAGACCAUACUAAUUACCUGA